AUGUCCAAAUCCUUCGAGUCUGUUUUCGGUGGUGUCACCUGUCUUCCCGGAUGUUUCUGCAUGUACAGAAUCAAGGCACCAAAGGGUGAUCAAAACUAUUGGGUGCCAAUCUUGGCCAAUCCCGACAUCGUGGAGCAUUAUUCCGAAAACGUUGUCGACACCUUGCACAAGAAAAACUUGCUCCUUCUUGGUGAAGAUCGUUACCUCUCGACUUUGAUGCUGAGGACUUUCCCCAAGCGAAAGCAGGUCUUCAUCCCACAAGCUGUGUGCAAGACCACUGUACCCGACGAGUUCAAGGUUCUUCUCUCCCAAAGAAGAAGAUGGAUCAACAGUACGGUCCACAAUCUCAUGGAGUUGGUCCUGGUUCGUGAUCUUUGCGGAACCUUCUGCUUCAGUAUGCAGUUCGUUGUCUUUGUCGAAUUGGUCGGUACACUCGUGCUUCCGGCUGCCAUCGCUUUCACCUUUUAUGCCGCCAUUCUACAUACGACUAUCCCGGUCAUGUCGCUGGUGCUCUUGGCGCUCAUCCUUGGUCUCCCUGGUGUUCUUAUCGUUCUGACCGCCCAUCGCGUCUCGUAUGUUGCGUGGAUGCUCAUUUACCUCCUCUCCCUCCCAAUCUGGAACUUCGUUCUUCCAACUUACGCUUAUUGGAAGUUCGACGACUUCUCUUGGGGUGACACUCGCAAGACGGCUGGUGAGCAGACCAAGGGAGGUCACGACGAUGUCGAGGGCGAAUUUGAUAGCAGCAAGAUUACCAUGAAGAGAUGGGCUGAUUUCGAGCAUGAGCGGCGCAUGAAGUCUGGUGGAACCAACUACAACUCGUCAGCACAGGGAUCGUAUCCCUAUGAGUCUGGUUACGAAUAUUGA